GUAACCUCCACAAUAACGAAUGAAAUAAAAAGACCAAAAUAAACGGCUGUUCGACUAUGCAGUUUGUGGAGUAAUUGAAUAAUUGAAAUUCGUCCACAACGAAGCACUUUCGGUUUAACAAAAAAUGAAUAAGUUACCCUUAAGUUAAAGUGUAAUAAAUAUUGGAAAUAUGUGUUCUUUUGUUGUAAUUUCUCGUUUUCGACCAGCUAUUCGCUGGAAGGUGUCCAAAAACAAUACUUGUUGUCACCCAUACUGCAAAUCCUUUUGCACACCUCCAGCUCAAAGUCUCUUCAUACAUAAUGAAAAACUUGACUCUCAAAGGUUGUCAAGGGCACCUUCUACAAAGCGGAGAUGUAAAAGGAAUUACUGUUGAUUCUUCUAUAGAUGCUGUUUUUGUCGCCGUUGGGUUAAGCGAAAAUAAUCCCGGUCUUACUAUUUACAAGAUUGCACAAGGAAAAGAACCCCGUGAGUUCAUUACCUAUGAUGAUCCACGUCUGCUUAGUGAAAAUCAAGAACCAAUUUUGAUUAGAGAUAUGAAAUUUCUCAGUGAGAGCAGUUCUAUCUGUAUUGUUUUAUCAAACGGCGAAAUUUUGAUGAUCAGAACCGAAGUGUCUCCAGAUGAAGAUGUCGUUGAGUCUAUUGGGGAUGUUGAGAACGGAAUUCUUGCUGCACAAUGGUCCCCAGACGAACAAGUGUUCGCUUUGGUGACUGGCAAUAGUACCAUAUUGCUUAUGUCCAAGAACUUUGAUACUAUUGCAGAAGUUGACAUGCUGGAAAAGGAUUUGACAGAGUUUAAUAAGCAUGUAUCUGUUGGCUGGGGUCGUGCUGAAACGCAAUUUCGCGGAAAACGUGUACGAGCAAAACUUCGUGAUCCCACACUUCCGGAAAAGGUUGAUGAAGGGAAACUCAGUCCUUAUGAUUCAUCAGAAGUAACUCUCUCGUGGAGAGGUGAUGGUGCUUAUGUCUCCGUCAACCGUAUCGAAAAUGGUGUCCGUCGUGCUAUCCGUGUUUAUAAUCGUGAAGGUGCUUUAGACAGCAUAAGUGAGCCGGUAGACUUUAUGGAAGGUCAAGUUGGAUGGCGCCCGUCUGGUGCGCUUAUUGCUGCUGUUCAGCGUGGGGAAGAUGAUCGUAAAACACAGGUUAUCUUUUUUGAACGAAAUGGUCUGCGUCACGGCGAAUUUACACUUCGUGAUGUUGAGGAUCAGCCAGUUUCCGAUGUCUCUUGGAAUAUUUCUUCUGAUGUUUUGGCUGUAUGCUAUUCCUCAAUGGUUCAGUUUUGGACAAGGAGUAACUAUUAUUGGUAUUUAAAACAGGAAUUCCGUUUUGAUUCCAACAUUAAAUUCCAGUGGCAUCCAGAAAAAGCGUACACAUGUUAUAUUUAUUCAAAAGACAAGGUGGAGAUACUUGACUUUGAAAAUGUAUAUUCCAACGACACAUGCUUGCCUCCCAAUGAUCUUGGUGUAAUGCCGGUGAUUGAUGGCAAUGUUCUUAAAAUUACUCCCCUGUCUCUUGUUAACAUACCUCCUCCAAUGUCCCUACACGAAUAUGAAUUGCCGUUUAAUUGUCGUUCUGUUUCUGUCAGCAGCAACUCGGACUGCAUCUUCGCUAUGGGCCCCGACCAGUUGCACAGACUUUUUGUGGACAACUGGGAUAUUACUUCAGCAGGAAACUGGGACAUCGCUUCUUAUGCUCCUGGUCUUAUCUUUAAAAGCGUGGUAUGUUUAUCUUCGACGGAAGUUCUUUUGCUUGCUGAUGACGCCGACACAACCACUGUAAUAUUCUUCAAUGUUAAGGAUGAUGACUUGGUAAUGCAAGAUGUUCAUCAAUACGAGAAACGAAUUAUCAAAGCAACGACUGCAGUUAAGGAGAAUGUUUUCUACCUACAAACUAUUGGAGGAGACAUUUUACGUUACGAUCUCGCUACCUGCGAGAUGAAAGACGUUGGUGUUAAAUUUCCAGCAGAGUGUUACUCUUUCCAAGCUUGCAUGGCAAAUGAGAUUCCGGUAUUCAUCGGACUCUCCCGUGCAGGUCGUUUGUACGCAGAUACCCGCCUGUUGGCACAAGGUUGUACUUCUUUUCUUUGUGUCGGCAACAUGUUGGCCUUCACAACGAAUAAACAUAUACUAAAGUUUGUUUGUUUAAAGGGUUAUGUUGACGACUUCUUCGUUGUUGAUGACAGUGCCAUUAAGGAUCAUGACGAACGUUGCCGAAAUGUUGAAAGAGGUUCUGAGCUUGUGACUUUAUUGCCUUCCAAAAUGUCUAUUGUUCUUCAAAUGCCAAGAGGUAACCUAGAAACCAUUCAUCCGAGACUGAUGGUUCUUAAUGGUGUGCGCGAUAAUAUUGUGAAAUUGGAUUACGGCAAGGCUUUCAUAAUAUCUCGAACUCAUCGUAUUGAUUUGAAUUUGCUUUUUGAUUAUGAUCCGGAAAAGUUCUUCAGCAAUAUUACGCUGUUUGUUGAACAAGUCAAAAGGACAGACUAUCUUGAUCUUUUCCUUUCAUCCUUAAAAUCGGAAGACGUAACGAAAACAAUGUAUGCUGAUACGUUUUCAUCGAGAGGUUCUUCUGCAACAACGUGUGAAGAUAAAGUGAACAAAGUGUGCGAAGCUAUUCGCCGUACCCUGCAAACUUCGUUUAGCAAAACUCAUCUCCAAACCGUUCUUACCUCCUAUCUAUGUCAACAACCUCCAGACGUUACGGCCGCUUUAAGUAUUGUGUCUGACCUUAAGGUAGAGAAUGAGGGAAAAGCUGAAGAAGCUAUUAAGCAUAUCUCAUUUUUAACAGACAUCAAUAUGUUAUUUGAUUUUGCUUUAGGUACUUAUGACCUAAAGCUGGCACUUAUGAUUGCUCAGCAAUCUCAAAAAGAUCCACGGGAGUAUAUUCCAUUUUUGCGUGCAUUCCAAAAGGAGACACCUUUGCGUCGGAAGUACAACAUCGAUUGUCAUUUAAAACGUUUUGAAUCCGCUCUUCAAAACCUUUCGGAAAUUGAGAACGCGUUUGAUGAAGUUAAAAAUUUUGUAGUUUCUCAUAAGCUUUACUCAGAAGCUUUGAAACUUUACCGGUAUAAGAAAGAACAGAGAAAGGAGCUUCUACUUCUUUACGCAAAUUACCUAAAGGACAAUGGUAAAGCGAAAGAAGCUGCUAUCGCUUUUGAAAGUGUUGGUGAGUAUGAUCGUGCUAUCGAUGCAUUUAAGAGUGCUGGCGCCUGGAGAGAGUGUCUUUCAAUUAUGGAGUCACAGUCAUACCCUAAACACAAGAUUGAAGAAGCAGCAACCGAUUUGCUCGCCCUUUGUCUAGAAAAGCGUGAGUAUAACGACGCAGGUUAUCUUAAUGUCUUUUACCUUAGGAACAAGACGGAAGCAAUUCAGAAUUUCUGUAAAGGAACCAUGUAUGCUGAGGCUAUAAGAAUUGCUCAUGGCUCCAAUGAGAACUUGUAUGAGGCUGUGCUUCUUUCAUCCUUAAACGAGUCAUUUGUCGAAGCAAGUGAGACCAUUGCUGAUUAUAAGGGUCAGGUAAAAGCACAAACAGAAAGACUUCAAGUUCUUCGUACCAAGAAGCAGGAGAACCCUGCAGCUUGGUAUGAGGGAAUUGUUGAUGAUGGAACUCCCGAUGACAUUUCCUUGGCUUCCACAAGCAUGACUUCGAAUCCGUCUCUGUACACUCGAUAUACUGGUACUAGUCAGUCUAGUCGAAUGACCCGUAAUACGGCAAGAAAUAGAAAACGAAUGGAGCGUAAACGUGCUCGUGGAAAGAAGGGUACUAUUUUUGAAGAAGAAUAUCUCGUCAAUUCCCUUCGUCGUCUAAUAACUCGUGUGAAUGAGACGAGAGACGAACAACAGCGUCUAAUAGAGGCACUUAUGAGAUGUGACAUGUUUGCCCAAGCUAACGAAAUUCAACAUGGCUUCUCACAAGUCAUUGAUACCUUGCGCGAAAAGGCAACAUUCAUCUUUAGUGAUCCUGUUAAGCCAGUUUCGUCGAACGAAGGCUUGCCAGAGCAAAGCAAAUCAGAAAAUUUGCCAAUUCCGCAAAUCAGUCCUUUCGAAAAGUUUGGUAUUCUCGCUUAGAGGAAGUAUUAAAUAAUCUGGGGAAACUAUUACUAAGUUUCAAAGUAGUUAUAUUGGGAAUAUUAAAAAUUUUACUUUUGGGGUUUUAUAU